UCACUAUCAUUGGCAACCUGACCUUGAUCUUCGUGCUCUUAUGCAAGAGGUCCAGGAGAAAGAAAAGGGUCAAUAUCCUGCUGCUAAACCUGGCACUGGGUGACCUCGCCGUGGCCGUGUUUGUCAACAGCACCGAAAUUUUGUUUGUGGCUUUCGGCGACUGGGCUUUGGGCCCUAUCGUCUGUAAGAUCAGCGUCUAUGUGCAGGUAAAGCCGUUCAUCGUCUUCUUUAGUUU